AUGUCUACGUUUGGUUAUAUAUUCCGUGUAACCACCUAUGGUGAGUCGCAUUGUAAAUCUGUCGGCUGUAUUGUGGACGGUGUGCCUCCCGGAAUGACGCUGACCGAGGAGGAUAUCCAACCGCAGCUGACCAGAAGAAGACCUGGGCAGUCAAAGCUUUCGACGCCAAGGAAUGAGAAAGAUAAGGUGGAAAUCCAGUCUGGUGUGGAGUUCAAGAAAACUCUUGGUACGCCGAUUGCGAUGCUGAUCAGGAACGAGGACCAAAGGCCACACGACUACAGCGACAUGGACAAUUUCCCUAGACCCUCGCAUGCGGACUACACGUAUUUGGAGAAGUACAACCUGAAGGCAUCCUCUGGCGGGGGGCGUGCGUCUGCAAGAGAGACCAUCGGGCGUGUUGCCGCGGGCGCAAUAGCUGAAAAGUUUUUGGCACAGGUGUCAAACGUGCAGAUAGUCGGGUUUGUCACCCAGAUUGGGUCUAUCAAGAUGAACAGAGAUCCGUUCGAUCCCAGUUUCCAUCAUCUUUUAAACACUAUCACAAGGGAGAAAGUCGAUUCCGCGGGGCCCAUCAGAUGUCCGGAUCCAAACCUGGCCGGCGGCAUGGUCAAAGAGAUCGAGAAAUACAGAGGCAAUCAAGACUCUAUUGGGGGGGUUGUUACUUGUGUGGUGAGAAACGUGCCAACGGGACUUGGCGAGCCUUGUUUUGACAAGUUGGAAGCGCUGCUCGCCCACGCGAUGUUAUCUAUACCUGCCUCAAAGGGUUUUGAAAUUGGUUCUGGUUUUGAAGGUGUUUCUGUCCCAGGCUCGAAGCAUAACGAUCCAUUUUACUUCGACGAGGAAAAGCAAAAGCUAAGAACAAAGACCAAUCACUCCGGUGGUAUACAAGGUGGUAUCUCCAAUGGAGAAAAUAUCUACUUCUCGGUAGCGUUCAAAUCUGUUGCAACAAUCUCUCAAGAGCAGGAAACUGCUGAUUAUGACGGUAAGCCAGGUGUUUUGGCAGCAAAGGGAAGGCACGAUCCUGCAGUCACGCCAAGGGCUAUCCCAAUCGUUGAGGCAAUGACAGCAUUGGUCUUGGCAGAUGCUUUGCUAAUUCAAAAAUCAAGAGAUUUCGCUAAGAGUGUUACCCACUAG